AUGACAACCAUCAAGGAGAUGAAGGAACUCUUGGAAGUUGGGACGCAAAUGGGACUCAAGGAUGCAGAACUUCAACAGUUUGUGAACAAUGAACAGGCAAGACUUAGAGACGAACGUGAGAAAGAUCGUGCAGAACGUAUGGCUAAACAGGAGCGCGAAUAUCAGCUGGAACUCGAAUCCAUGAAGGAACAAAACGCUGAGGCUGAACACAAGAGGAAAAUUGAAGAAAUGGAAAUAGAUCACAGAUUUCAAAUGAUGGCAGCAGAGAGAUCACAUAAAGUUCUUGAGUCAACUGCGCUACAUCACACUGAAACACAACAACCUGUUAGAGGACCAAAAUUACCAGCGUUUGAUGAGGUAAAAGACAACAUCGACGCGUACAUACAGCGAUUUGAAAGAUACGCUAUCUCACAGCAAUGGCAAAGACAAAAUUGGGGAGCUCACUUGAGUGCACUUCUAAAAGGAAAAGCGUUGGAUGUGUUCGCUAGAUUACCACCAGACAGUGCGUUGGACUUUGAUGAACUUAAGAAAGCACUGAUGAAACGGUUUGACAUGACUGAGGAUGCAUUCAGAAAGAAAUUCAGAUCUUCAAAACCUGAUGGUAGUGAAACCUUUAUUCAGUUUUCAACUAGACUUGAAAGUUACAUGGAACGAUGGAUGGAGUUAUCGAAAACAGUUAAGACUUAUGAAGGACUCAAAGAUUUGAUGUUACGUGAACAAUUCAUUUUGUGUUGUAACAAAGAACUUUCCUUAUUCUUGAAGGAACGAAUUCCUCCUUCUAUUCAGGAUAUGGCCAGAUAUGCUGAUCAGUAUGUUGAGGCGAGAGCAACUUGUUCAUCAGCUGUUACCCAAAGACCGAUCUUCGACAAGAAAGUUUCCUUUGGAAAGCAAUUAUCUUUUCCAAGUUCUAGUGAAGGAACCAAAACCAGUGGUGGAAUCAAGUGUUUUAAUUGUGAUAAAUACGGACACAAGCAGUUUGAUUGUCCUUUGAGGAAGUCAUCAGCAAUUAAGACAAACACACAGGAAAAAUUUGAUAGACCACAGAAACCACAACAGGGAUUCAACAAAAAUGGACGUCGCUUUUCGCAAGGAAAAGAACACGACUCUUCUCAUGUUGGUGCGCAUAAGCCGCAAAGUGACAUUAAUUCAGUUGAUGAUGGAGUGAUGCCAGUUGUGAAAGGAUGUGUUGGCGAUAAACUUGUGACAGUGUUAUGA